UUCCCUUGCAUUUAUUAAAUCUUUGUUCACAUCUCUCAUGUGAUUUGCAUUGUGUUUCUUUAUGGAUUGCUGUAUGGCCAACUAAUUCUUCAUAUACAUGCAUGUGCUUUGGUUCCUUUUGCCUUUUUUUUUUUUUAAGUUCUGCCUGUAUUAGUGUUUUAAGCUAGUAAUUUCUCCCACUGAAUACAAUUUAAAUUUUUAUGCAGAGGCAACCCCCUGAUUGCAUACUAAAGGACGCAAAAAACACAAGCAAGCUAAGUUAUUCAAGUUUGCUUGGGAGCAUUAAUCCUAUGAGCAGAUCUAGAGUUUAUCAAGCUUUGGCAGAAGAAGAUAUUGAAGCUGAUGCCAAGGGCAAUGAUGUUGAUCUCAGUCUGAUAUUGAUCAAUGUGAAGCAUAUUACGAAGCUGCUAGGGGAACAAGGAAGAGAAGAAUAUAUGGUCUUGGAUCUCAAGCACAAAGUUAUCUGCUUUUUGUUGGAAAGAACAAAAUUAUGCACUAAUAAUACUUGAUGGAUGUGUGGGUUCUUUUGGUAGUUGACAACUUGGUGUUGUCGGUGUUUUGGACUUAACGAUUAGGAUUUCGCUAUCUAUUUUGAAUCUUUUUUAUAAAUAUUAUUUUAUGUGAAUGUCAGUUAUUUUUAAGGGUAUUUAUUACUUUGUAUUUA